AAAAAGGAAAUGAUGAUUCCUAGGCAUUCUUAUUCCUUCAAUGAUAUUGUUCUUACCAUGUAUUUCCUCUUCUCCUUUUCUUUUGUUCUACACACCCUUGCUUCUCCUACGCUCCACUUUUGCCGCCAUGACCAGAGGAAUUCUCUUUUGGAGUUCAAACAAGAGUUUCCGGUAAACUAUAUGAGUUCAUGGAACAAGAGCAGUGAUUGCUGUUCUUGGGAGGGUGUCACGUGCGAUGAAAGAUCUGGCAAGGUGAUUUCACUUUACAUUGAUAACAUUCCUCUCAACAACUCUUUGAAACCAAAUAGUGGUCUUUUCAAACUCCAAUUUCUUCAAAACCUAGUCCUUUCCUCUUGCGAUCUCUAUGGGCAGAUUCCUUCUUCAAUUGGAAACCUGACCCAACUAAACACUUUGAGACUCACUGAUAACCACUUAAGUGGGAAAAUUCCUGUUUCAUUCGCCAAUCUAACGAAAUUGGCCACACUUCACCUCACUAAUAAUGACUUCGAAUCUGAGCUCCCACCUGACCUAGGUGGACUCCACAACUUGGAGUAUUUGUUUCUGAGUGGAAACUCAUUUUCUGGGCCUUUUCCUACAUUUCUGUUCACUAUUCCUUCGUUACAAUAUGUUUACAUGAAGGGAAACCAGCUCAAGGGACCUAUAGAGUUUAGUAAUACAUCUUCAUCCUCUAGGCUUCGUGCUCUCUCUCUUGCUGGUAACAAAUGUGAUGGUCCAAUCCCUGAAUCUAUAUCUAAGUUUCUUGAUCUCAACAUCUUAGAUCUUAGUUUCAACGAUUUCAUUGGAUCAAUCCCUAGAUCAAUAUCACAGUUAGCUAACCUCACUUACUUUGAUCUUUCCCACAAUAAGUUGGAAGGCAAAGUACCAGGUUUCUUAUGGAGAUUAGAGGUGUUGAAACUUGCUCACAACUCUUUUAGCAGUUUCGGAAAAUCCUCAGAAGUUCUUGAUAGAACAAAAAUGAAUGUGUUGAGUCUUAGAUCGAACUCAUUCCUAGGACCAUUUCCCCGUUGGAUAUGCAAGUUUAGGUCGUUAGAUCUCUUAGAUUUGUCCAACAAUAGGUUUAGUGGCUCAAUUCCUCCAUGUAUAAGGAGGAAUAACUUUAAAAUGCUUAACUUAGGAAACAACAAUUUCAGUGGAACUCUUCCGGAUAUGUUUGUCAAUGGUACCAACUUACUUGAACUUGACGUUAGCCGCAACCAGUUGGAGGGAAAACUUCCAAAAUCUUUGAUCAGUUGCGUAGCUAUCAAGUUUCUGAAUGUGGGAAGCAACAAAUUCAAGGACGAGUUUCCAUCUUGGUUGGGUUCUUUACCGUCGUUGAACGUCCUCAUCCUCCGAUCAAAUCAAUUCUAUGGACCAUUAUACAACCACCACGUCUCCUCCAUUGGAUUUCAAACGCUAAAAGUCAUUGAUAUCUCAAAGAAUGACUUCACUGGAACCAUCACAUCUUUCUAUUUUUCCACUUGGCGUGACAUGACCACAUCAAACGCACUAAAUGAUGACUCGUACAUGGAAGAUUUCACGGUGUAUGUUGCUUCCUAUCAUAGCUCAAUGGAGAUGGUGCAUAAAGGAGUAUAUACAGAGUUUUUGUGGAUCCGAAAAGACUUCAUUGCCAUUGACUUUUCAGAAAACAGAUUUUAUGGGAAGAUUCCUGAAUCUAUUGGAUUCUUGAAGGGUUUGCAUCUACUCAACUUGUCAAGUAAUGCUUUCACAAGCGAUAUACCUCAAUCACUGGCAAAUCUGACAAAUCUUGAGGCAUUAGACCUAUCACAGAAUCAACUGUCAGGUCGGAUUCCUCAAGAUCUUGGCAUGCUCUCCUUUUUGUCAACCAUUAACUUCUCCCACAACAAUCUCGAAGGUCCAAUACCAAGAGGCACACAAUUUCAGAUACAGAAUUGUUCUUCAUUCAUAGGCAACCCUAGACUUUACGGUCCCGAGGAAAUUUGUGGACAAACUUAUGUCCCGAAUACUACACCACAAAAGUCAGAGGAUGUUUUGGAGCAAGAAGACGAUGAACAAGUGAUUAGCUGGAUCGCUGCGGCAAUAGCGUAUGGACCUGGUGUCUUCUGCGGAUUGGUGAUUGGACAUAUAUUUGUUUCACACAAGCAAGAGUGGUUCAUCAAAAGAGCUCGUUGAACACUUUCUCUUGGCCUCUUUCUAAGCGUAUGUACGUGUUUGUAAUAAUUUGUCACGGUGUGUUACUCUUUUGAGUGUUGUAAUUUUUAGUUUAUAGUUUUGUAAUUUUAUAUUUUAUGGUUUUGUAAUAAACGUCUUUGGUGGUUUCAAAAUGCAUAAAAUUAUG